AUGAAUAACGACAUUGAGAACACGGAUUCGACGGUUUCUUUCCAAACCGAAGAAAGAAUAACAAUUCAUCAUGAUUUCAUGCGAACGGCCUUAACGCUUGCGCAAGAGGCAUACGACAAUAAGGAAGUUCCUGUUGGAUGUGUGUUUGUUCUUGAAGAUGGAGAUGAAAGAGUUAUUAUUGGCAGUGGACGGAAUAGAACUAAUGAAACGGAAAAUGGAACAAGGCAUGCCGAAUUGGAGGCAAUCGAUGAGAUCCUUGCGUCACAAAAAUACACAAGUGAUGUGUUUCGAAAGUGUGUUUUAUAUGUCACGGUCGAACCUUGCGUCAUGUGUGCUUAUGCGUUAAGGCUAUUGGGAAUUAAGCAUGUCUAUUAUGGAUGCGCCAAUGAAAGAUUCGGAGGAACGGGAUCCGUGUUCACAAUCCACCAGGAUCCAAACUUAUCACUACAUCCACCUUAUCCGUGCGAAGGUGGAUACUACAGGGAAGAAUCCAUAAUGUUGUUAAGGCGAUUUUAUAUUCGUGAGAAUGAAAAAGGUUUUGAUCAAAUGCCUUAG